AUGAAAUUGUUAGUACCAGCUUUUCUCCUACUAUUGACGGUUUGGUCUUUUCAACUCCCAUUUUCUAUUCCAGAUUUGCUUAGUGUACUGCAGCAUCAACAUACCCACUACACCAAGCUUGACCCUAAGGAUCAACCCAUUGAUUUGUUGCAGUAUAAAGAUGAUGUAGUUAUCAGAGUAUCACUUGCCAAUUCUCCUGCCUUGAAAGAAUUUCUCACAAGAAAGGACAUACAGUUCAACAAAUGGGGUAAGAACAAUAACCAGCAGACAGUCGAUAUUCAAAUCAAUGAGGAAGAACUUAUGAAGUUGAUUGAAAAGUUUCCCUCUUUGGAGUACCAUACCAUAAUCGAGGAUUUACCACAGCGUAUCUAUGAGACUUUCCCCUUGCAAGAACAGCCAGUUCUCACAAAGGAUGAGGACUUUCAUGCACAAUCAGAGUUAUUCUUCAGAGAGUACCGUGAGCUAUCCACAAUCAAUGCAUGGUUGGACUUGUUACAAUCCACUUACCCUGAUGUUGUCAAACUUGAGGACAUUGGUGACACUUUUGAACAUAGAAAGCUCAAUGUUGUUCACUUUUCAGUACCAAAUGAUGAUAUUGAACACAGUGAUAAAAAAACCAUUGUAAUCACAGGCGGAGUCCAUGCUCGUGAAUGGAUUUCGGUGUCAAGCACUUUGUACUUGAUUUAUCAAUUAAUUAAGCUAUACAACACAUGGCCCAACUCAAAGAUCUUGACUCAAUUAGACUUUCUAUUCAUUCCGGUGACUAAUCCUGAUGGAUAUGAAUACACAUGGACAACCGACAGAUUGUGGCGCAAAAAUCGUCAAGAAACCCCAAUUCCAAAAUGUUUUGGUAUUGAUAUUGACCAUUCAUAUGGUUACCAUUGGACCAAAUCGUCAGAUUGGGCCUGUGGUGAAGAAUAUAGUGGAGAAUUCCCAUUUGAAGCGUUUGAGUCGCGCUUAUGGGAUGAAUACUUGAACAACACCAACAAAGAUCACAGUAUUUAUGGUUACAUUGACUUACAUUCUUAUUCGCAGGAGAUUUUGUACCCUUACGCUUACUCAUGCAAUCAGCAGCCAAGAGACGAGGAAAAUUUGAUUGAAUUGGCUUGGGGUAUUGCCAAAUCAAUCAGAAUGAAGCUGGGCACAAACUACAAUGUCUUACCUGCAUGUAUUGAUAAGGACUCAGAUUUGUUGCCCGAUUUGGGCUCUGGAUCUGGAUUGGAUUACAUGUAUCAUAAUCGAGCCUUUUGGGCAUAUCAGUUUAAGUUGCGUGAUACUGGUGGCCAUGGUUUUUUGUUGCCAGCCAAGUACAUUGAGCCAGUUGGUGAUGAAAUGGUUGCUGCUAUUUUGUACUUUUGUAAGUUUAUACUUAGUGAUGAUCGGUAA